AGUUUUCUCAGUAUAAAAAUGAGCGAAACCAAACAGAGGUGGAAAAAGCGAAAGCCGAAGAGUCCCCAGUUUUGUUGUGUUAAAGAUUAGAUUUGAAGAAGAAUGGAAAACGGGAAAGAGGAGCCGGUGCCGAGAGUAGGGGUAGCGGUGUUCUUGUUGAGGGGCAAAACUGUACUUUUGGGAAAGCGUCGCUCCUCCAUCGGUGAUUCCACCUUUGCCCUCCCCGGCGGCCACCUUGAGUUUGGAGAGAGCUUUGAGAAUUGUGCGGCGAGGGAAGUAAAGGAAGAGACUGGUUUGGUCAUUGAGAAGAUGGAGGUCCUCACAGUAACAAACAAUGUCUUUUUGGAAGAGCCAAAACCAUCCCAUUAUGUGGUCAUCUUCAUCCGAGCAGUUCUGAGAGACAGUGACCAAGUGCCUCAAAAUCUUGAGCCUAACAAGUGUGAUGGUUGGGAUUGGUACGACUGGAACAACCUCCCAAAACCUCUCUUUUGGCCUUUGGAGAAAAUGGCGCAGAGCGGUUUCAAUCCCUUCCCAAUUGACUAAAUAAAUGUAACUGCAUUAUUAUGUUGUACGCGUGUCUACCACUACCUUCUUAACUUCUAUGUCUAUCGGAUGCUUUAUGUUUAUUUUUGUACUUAUGUUUUGGGAUCGUGGAAAUAUUCAAGGCUUUCUUUGUAUCUACCGAAGAGAAGUUUGGUUUCAUUAACAGA